GCCCCGAGCCCAGGGUCCUUCAGGAGCCGCCGGCAAGGGGGCAACGAGGAAGCUCUUUAGAGCGUAGCCGGGAAGGAAAAGUUGAGAUUACAGACAUCCUGCACAAAUGAUUUCUUCAAAGCCCAGACUUGUCGUACCUUAUGGCCUCAAGACUCUGCUGGAGGGAGUUAGCAGAGCCAUUCUCAAAACUAACCCGCCAAACAUCACCCAGUUUGCAGCGGUUUAUUUUAAAGAACUCAUUGUGUUUAGAGAAGGGAAUACUUCUCUGGAUAUAAAAGAUCUUGUUAAACACUUUCAUCAGAUUAAAGUAGAGAGAUGGUCAGAAGGAACGACACAAGAGAAGAAACCACAAUGUGUAAAAGAACCGGUAGAAACACCUAUAAUUCCCCAAGAACCUACACGGAUGGAAAAAUCUACGGACACGGAGGAGGACAAUAUAGCUGGACCACUGUUUAUCAACAAAACCACUCAGUUCCCAUCAGUUCACGCUGAGCUGCUCCCAGAGCCCGAGGAGACGACCGGGGCUGCUCAAGGCUCCAGUUCGAAGCCCCCUACCCCUAAGGCCCUGAGCCCACCCUCGUCACCGGCUCCGGCAGCUGCCUCCGUGGAGUUUGCAUAUGUCCCAGCUGACCCAGCUCAGUUUGCCGCUCAGAUGUUAGGUAACGUUGCGUCUGUUCAUUCUGAUCAAUCUGACGUGUUAAUGGUGGAUGUGGCGACCAGUAUGCCUGUGUUUUCCGAGGAGGCGCAGAGCUCAGAGGCUGUCCACGGUGCCGCGGCGGCCACUCCCGCUGGGUAUUCUGCAGAGGUGGGGGCCCUGCAGGUUCUAAGCCAAACAUCUGUCCAUGUAGAUUUGGGUUCUAAGCCUAAAGACGAUGCAGCUGAGCCAUCAACGGCUUCCUCCUUCCCCUUGCAGGAUGAACAAGACCCUCCUGUUUAUGAUCAAGCUCCUAAGGUCCCUUUACAGGCUGAGAUUGAGGUCACCUCAUUCGUUCAUAUAUCCUCUAUCUAUAACGAUGAGCCUGUGACCGAAGGAGUCACUUAUGUCGAGCAAAUACCAGAACACAUAGUUAUCCCUUUCACUGAUCGUGUUGCUGUCGUUAAUGAGCAGUCACCACCUGUGAGUCCCAUUCCUGUAGCGCUCGAGAACGGCUCCAGCAAAGCCGUAGGUGCCAUAGAACACGCACAGCCAGAGGAGGAUGCAGAAUACUCCUCGGUGCAAACGGAGGCAGAAGCAGUUCUGCACUCCGACGCCUCUCUUCAAGGUCAGCCUGCGCCCCUCCAGGAUGCAGAGGGCUCUACCAAAGCAGUAGGCUCUGAAAAGUCUCUGCCCCUUGAGAUGGAGCUCACUGCCCUGGUCGCUGGCACUCCUGGGCAGGAGGAACCCGGGGAGAACUCGGCCGCCCAGGAGACGGAGGUCAAACGUGCGCUCUCUGGGGACUCUGCCAAAGCAGUGACUUUGGGUGCAUCUGUAAGGUCAUCUGGUGGUCCCCCCCCUCCUGUUCCAGAAGGUCUUACUGAGCCAGAAAUCGAACCAGAACGGGAAGCAGCACCCGAACAAGGUUUGCUCGAGCCAGCCAUAGCAGCAAGCGAAGCAGGACAACCACCACCAUAUUCUAACAUGUGGACCCUUUAUUGUCUAACUGAUAUGAAUCAACAAAGUCGCCCAUCACCGCCACCUGCACCUGGGCCUUUCCCCCAAGCAACCCUCUAUUUAUCUAAUCCUAAGGAUCCACAGUUUCUGCAGCAGCCACCGAAAGUUACUUCUCCAACUUACGUGAUGCUGGACGACAGCAAGAAGACGAGUGCCCCACCUUUUAUUUUAGUAGGCUCGAAUGUUCAGGAAGCUCAGGAUUGGAAACCUCUUCCUGGACAUGCUGUUGUUUCUCAGUCAGAUGCCUUGAAGAGAUACGCUGCGGUCCAAGUACCCAUUGCUGUUCCUGCAGAUCAGAAAUUCCAGAAACCCACCCCAAACCCCCAGAAUGGUAGUCCUCCAAGUGGACAAGAUGUCCCCAGACCACAAAGCCCAGUUUUUCUUUCGGUCGCGUUCCCAGUAGAAGAUGUAGCCAGAAAAGGUUCAGGAUCUGGUGACAAACGUACUCCCUGUGGAAGUUACGGUAUUGCUGGAGAAAUAACCGUGACUACCGCCCAUGUCCGCAGAGCAGAAACUGGAAACUGAUGCUGGAAAUGAUGCCAUUUGAGUCAACGUUCAAGGUGGAGUCUGCCACCCAGCGUAAUUUGUCAAUAAACUUCAUGCAAGCAUAAA